GUUUAUGUGUAUCCGCGGCACUUCAGAUUUCCUCAUGAAUCGUACUUAUUUUUUUAAUGCUACCGAGUAUCGUCAUAUGUAUUGUUUAUAGUUAUUUUCUUCAUCGCUCAUUGAGGCUCUAAGAAGUAUUCUUAAUUCAAGCCAGCAAAUCCAAUUACUACUGAACUAUUGACGUUUUAUAAAAUUGACUGGUUAUAUAAUUGAAUAAAUCUGAAUACACCUUCAUUGUUAUUGAAGCCAAGUUUAAAGAAUUUGAAUUAGUCGACUCAACACAUUUCCAUGAUACAUGAAAGUAUUCGAAAAGGAUUAAUUGGAUGUGAUAAUUCUUAUCCAUGUUCUACACAUAAAGUAUCAUGUAAACACAUUACAUCUUCAUUACCAUUAAAAUGUUAUAAAAAGUAUGGAAGUGGAAAAAUGAAACCCUCAUCUAGAAUAUGUAAUAAAAAGGAUACUGGAAAAUAUAAAACAUCUAGUCAAAACUUUUCAGAACCUUGUCAAUCGGAUAACCUUCUGAAUAGUAACAAUGAGAAUAAUUCAAUGAAUACUCAUUCUGAUAACAAUACAAAGGAAUCUAUACUGAAUCCGGUCAUUAUGGACGAUUGUAAUAAUCAUCAAAAUGAACAUUGUAAUGAUACACAGUCUAAUCAAAGUAUCUUUUUCGAUUUGUUGUCUAAACUUGAAAGACAUUUAGAUGAAGAGAGAAAAGCCAAUGCAAAAUUACAAGCUGAAUUAAUGAAUAAAACAGAAUAUGAAAAACAACUAUCCAAUAUACGAUCCAAUUAUGAAGCUGAAGUAUUUCGUUUACAGAAUGUUAUAACACGUUUACAAGGCAAUGCACAUUAUAACGAAAAAAUAAGUCAUGAUGAUGAUGAUGAUGAUGAUGAUGAUGAAAAACUAAUGAACCUAAAUACAGAAGUUAAUGGGGUGAAUGUCAGAAGAAAUAAUGAUGUGGAGUCAAAUAUUGACUAUAGUCAUAAACCUGCUCAUAAUUUCACUACUAUGAAUGAACUUAAAAAAGAGUAUGAAAAGCAAGAAUCACUAAUUGCUGGUUAUCAACGUGAAAAUGAGAAGUUAUAUGCAUGUAUCAAAAAAUUACGUAGAAAUAAUCCAACUGAAACUGAAGAUUCACAGACAGCAAAACGUCUUACUACUGAAAAUCUUUCUUUAAGAGUUGAAGUUGAACAAUUAAACAAAGAAUUAAAACUGCGUAGUCAACAAAUAUGUACCAUGUUAUCUGGGAAUUCAAGAUUGAAUCAAGAAAAUCGAAUGAAUGAAUUAGAAGAAUUAAAUAAACAAUUGGAUAAUGAGAAAAAUAAAUUAAUGAAAGAAUUAAAUGAUACACGUUUAGAGUUGACAAACAUGAAUAUAAAAAUAAAUAAUUCUAUCAAUGAGAAAAAUAAUUUAUUAGAAAAAUAUGAAUUAUUUAAAGAAAAAUCUCAAACAGAUUUUAUAAAUAUGAAAGAAAAUUUUUUAAAUCAAAUAGAAAAUCUUCAAAAAAAAUUACGUUGGUAUAUUGAAAAUCAAUCAAUCAUUAUAAAAGAUUCUAAAAAAUUACAUAAUCAAGCUAGAGAACUAGAAAAAUUACAAGCAGAAUUAUCAUAUUUUAAAAGUAAACAGAUUUCUGAUCCCAAGUCAAAUGAAUCGAAACAGGCACAUGACAAUAAGGAUUCAUCAAACGGAGACCAACAAGUAUUUCUUCUUGAAAGAAUUAAAUUUCUUGAGUCAGAAUUAGAUAGAGCUCAUGAAAAUGAGAAACGAGCUAUUCGUGCACUUCAACAACAAUAUGAACGAGUUAAAUUACAGUAUGAAGAUCGUAUCCAAUCCUUAGAAUCCUAUAUCAAUUCAUAUUGUAUUCCUAAUCAAAUGAAUUCAACUUUACAAGAAAUUGAUAAUUUAAAAUCGAUUGAUUUAAAUAAUAUUGAAAAUCAAUCAAUAAAACCGUCAAAUCAAUCAAUAAAACAAUCAAUCAAUUCAAAUCAAUCAAUUAUAAUUUCAAAUUUAUUUCAUAAUUUACGCGGUCAAAUUAUAAAUUUAAAAAUACAAUUAAAUGAAAGACAAAAAAUUAUUGAUGAAUUAAAACAUUUUACACAAUUAAAUAGUAACUAUGUUAGUAACAAUAAUAAUAAUAAUUUAAAUAUGAUAAUAAAAAAUAAAUUAAAAUCUACAAAAUAUAAAAAUAAAAAAAAUUAUUAUCCACAUCUUCAUGAAAUUCAAUCAAGACAAAUCAAUAGGAUUAAUGAUAAAAUAAAUUUGAAAAAUAAAAUCAGUUCAAAAGAGAAAAGUGAUGAAGAUGUAUCCAUCAACGAUAAAGUGCCAAUUAGUUUGAAAAAACAUAUUGCAGUGGAAAACUUGUCACAGAGUCGUAUAACUAAACUUGAAACUGAGAAGGAAAAAUCACAGGAAUCAGUGAAAUCUGGUGUAACUUGUGAUGCAUCCACAAACACUGAUUUUAUUGAAAGUACUGAUCAUAAUACUGAUGAUUCAUAUAUCAAUGUUCUGGAGAGACAAGUUAGAAAUCAAAUGGAUACCAUUGUAUCCAGACAAACAGAAUUAAAUCGACUCAAGAAAGUCAUGGCUAAUCAAAAUAAACAUUAUCAUGAUCUUCACCAUCGUUUGCACGACGGGAAUAAAUGUGAUUAUCAUUUGAAUACAAGCCAAUAUACAAAUGAAAACAUUCCUUCUUCAUUAUUACAAAUCGAAGAUGAUUCUAAUAUUGAAGACUACAUGAAUGAAAUGGAUACUAAUCAUAAUUAUUAUACAAAUCUUGAAGCAAUUUAUUGGCGUAAUAUGGUAUUGAAUAUGAAUAAUGAAUUAAAUAAUUUACAGAAUGAUGCCAAUAUACUUGUAAAUAUAUUAACCAAAUUACAAUCAUGAAAAUUAACUAAUUAAGUAGCGAUUUCAUUGUUUACUAAAAUAACAAAAAUAUAGAUUGAAUUUAUCA